UUCUCACUCUCUGUUUCUUCCCUGGCUGCUCUCAAGACAUUGCUCCCAUCCGGAAAAACUUUUUUACCAGAGCCUCCGGCUUCAGUGACUGUCACUGUCUAUGUGCAUGCCUACAUCUGUCUGCGAAAGCUUUCUCUUUGUUUCUUUUCUCCCUCUAGCUGACUGCUUUUUUUGGAUCUCCUCAUCCGUUCGUUCAUCAUCAUUUCUCGCAUUCCAGUCUGCCUUUCUUUUAUUUUUUUUUCUUUCUAUAGCCAGUUUAAUUUUUCUGGUAGGUAAUAGCAUUCUAAGCAUAGAAAUCUACCCUUGAUCUUAGAAGCAGGUAUAAUCUAGCAUUUUUCAUUCUAUGGGACAAUAUAUAGCAUAUUGUAGCGGAUAUGUAGGAGAUAAGAUUUGGAGCAUCUGUCCAGAAAGUAUACUUAGGCGACUCACUUACACUAUGCACAAGUACACAUAGGAUUGUCCUGUAGUACAGCUUUCCUACUACCAAGUGGAUGGUAAAUUCUUUGUCGUGGACGCUGUCCUAUUCCGGAUGAGGUCAUCAUGAGAGGUAACAGGCAAUAAUAAGCAGUGACAGUGAAGUGUCAAACAAACAAGGCUAAAUACACAUAGACAACACACAGGGGACACUUUCUGUAAUUUCAGCAUGGCUCCAGCACGUUUCUAUCCUAUAUUUUCUAUCCUGAUCCUCUGGUUGGGAACAUUUGUUUGUUACUUUUCUCCGGCUGCAUCACGCGAGCGCUUCAAGGUGGUCUUUGCCCCUGUAGUAUGUAAAAGGACAUGUCACAAAGGCUAUUGUCAUGACGUCUGCAAACCAGGGAGCAACAUGACGCUGAUAGCUGAGAAUGGAGGUUCCACAGACACCCUGACAGGAUCUGGAUUUAGAGUGGUGGUUUGCCCCAUACCAUGUAUGAACGGUGGCCAGUGCUCCUCCAACAAUCACUGUCUAUGCCCUCCGGAAUUCACAGGGAGAUUUUGUCAGUUCCCUGCUGUUCUGGCAGGGGGUGUGGGCCGAAGUCCAAGUGAGGUGAAUGAAGGAGAAGGAAUGGAGGCAUCCUCAGGGAAACAUGCAGUCUACGCUGUGCAAGUUAUUACAGGAGAUGAUGAUCCUGAAGGCAAAGGGGUGAAAAUCAGCCAGUCUGCUCUUACAGUACCACUGGGGCCUGGACACAGUUCUGCGGAAGUUCAGGUCUUUCCACCUCUUUUAAAUGUCCGAGUUCAUCACCCACCUAAUGCAUCCAUACAAGUUCAUCGUAUUGAGGGACUUGGAGCUGAAGGAACAGCAGGAGGUGGUAGCCAACACUUACUACCUCAUCCCGAAGGAAAUAAGGCGGCACCAUCCCGACCUGUCACCCACAAACCUCUAGGACGAUGUUUUCAAGACACCCUACCUAAACAAGCUUGUGGCUCUAACCCUCUACCUGGACUGACCAAGGAAGAAGAUUGUUGUGGCAGUGUGGGAACAUCUUGGGGACACCACAAAUGUAAUAAAUGCCCCCAGUUACCAUAUUCUGGCACACAGAAAACGGCUCCAUUCCGAGGAGAACUUGGUUCAGAUUGUCCACAGGGCUAUAAAAGACUCAACAGCACUCAUUGCCAGGAUAUAAAUGAGUGCAGCAUGCAAGGAGUAUGCCAAAAUGGAGAUUGUCUGAAUACACAAGGAAGCUUCAGAUGUGUGUGUAAACAUGGCUAUGUCUUCAUCUCUUCACAGAUGCGCUGUACACAAGAGAAGUCUGAUGUAAAAAGUCUGUGCUACAGACUUAUAGGCCAAGAAGGCCAGUGUCAGCACCCAAUUUCGAUUUGGAUGACUCAGCAACUAUGCUGCUGUAGUGUCGGAAAGGCUUGGGGUCCUCAAUGUGAAGCAUGUCCUGCUGAAGGAACAGCAUCUUUUGCUGAGAUAUGCCCAGCUGGGAAAGGCUAUCACAUCUUUAGUACUCAUCAUACUUUUAUGAUUCAGGGUCAAAGUGAAAUCACUCUCCAUUUGCAACCAGAUUUAGGGGAUCAGCAGGCUAUUCCACCUCCAAACAUCCCAGAAUUUCCUCCACCUCAAAAGAUACCAGAACUCGAUUCUAAUGAAGGGCAACGUGAAGUAACUGAAUCUAUGCUUCCUGUAUUCAUCACAAAAGCAGAAGAAACGAUGUCUUUGCCAUCUCUUUUUCCACCAGAGCCUGCACUUGUUUUGAAACCGACAACUGUGGCUGUCCGAAAAAUACCUGCCGAAUAUGACACACGAAGUGCUGCUGAAAUUGCUCCUACACAACUAACAGAAACUGAUGAGUGUAAAAUGAUAAGAAACCUAUGUGGACAUGGAGAAUGCGUCUCAACUCCUGCAGGGUUCUACUGCAUUUGUAAUCCUGGAUAUUAUCCAGAUCCUGAGAAGAGGGUUUGUGUAGAUAUUGAUGAAUGUAAGAAUGAACCUUGUGGUCAUGGAAAGGGAUUGUGUCUGAAUACGGCUGGAUCAUUCAACUGUCAUUGUCAUCAUGGAUACAGGCUAAAUGUAUCGCAUGGACAAAGAUCUUGUGUGGAUGUUGAUGAGUGUUCACGAUCUGGAACAUGUGGUGACCCACGUAGUUGUGUUAAUUUUCCGGGACACUACAAAUGCGAAUGUCAAACCGGAUACAAAAUAAAAAGCAGAAGACCAUUUUUAUGUGAAGACAUCAACGAGUGUAUAACACAACAGCAAUGUCUUGGAGGACAAUGUGUAAACACUCCAGGCUCCUUCCGAUGUCUCUGUCCUGAAGGCUACAGAUUAUAUAACAAAGGAAACCAACAGCUAUGUCAAGAUAUAGAUGAGUGUUCACUAUUCCCACAAAUCUGCGCCCCUCAUGGCAAGUGUGAGAAUUUGGAUAGAUCAUAUAAGUGCAUCUGUGACCCUGGCUAUGCACCUAGUGAAGACCAGAAGAGAUGUGAAGAGGUUUCUCGUGGGUCAGUUCUCAAAGACUGCUUCUUAAGUCUGGAUGACACCCUGUUCUGUGACAGUGUUCUUGCUGUGAAUGUAACACGAGAGCAGUGUUGCUGUUCCUUGGGUGCAGGAUGGGGAGACCACUGUGAGAUCUAUCCCUGUCCCGUGCACAGCUCAGCUGAGUUUCUAUCACUUUGCCCAGAUGGUAUUGGCUUCAUUGUUGACCUUGGCAUUAUGAGUUAUGGUAUUCCCACAUAUCGCGACAUCGAUGAAUGUGAGUUAUUUGGACAAGAAAUUUGCAAGGAAGGAAAGUGUGUGAAUACACAACCCAGCUAUGAAUGUUACUGCAAACAUGGGUAUUAUUAUGAUACCCGAUUACUACAAUGCAUGGAUGUAGAUGAGUGCGUAGACGAGUCAAACUGCAUAAAUGGCCAGUGCAUUAACACUCGAGGCUCUUUUUAUUGCCGCUGCCCUCUUCAUAUGCAAUACCAUGCUGAACACAAGCGAUGUAUGCCUAAUCCUGAACCAGAUCGCACUGAAGCCCUGGACAUCUGCUGGCAGAUACGAGGUACAGAUGGAAUUUGUUCUCAUCAAAUGAAUGUCCCUCAGUUAUCACUGAAUGAAUGCUGCUGUCGACAAGGUCAAGGUUGGGGUCCUAGAUGUCUCUCCUGCCCACCCAGGCAUGCUCUGGCCUGCUCAGUCUCGCACAGUGGGGCUAACUCAUUCUGGGAGUUCAGUGCCCAUCAAGUAAAAAGAAAGUCACGCAGAGAUGGUGAGAGCUCAGAAGAGCACUCUGAGGAGUGUCAUUGUGUCAAUGGCCGUUGUGUUAGAGGUCCUCAUGGUGUCUCAUGUGAGUGUCAGAGUGGCUUCCAAUUGGACAUAACUAGAACACGCUGCAAUGAUCUGGAUGAAUGCAGACAAAAGAAUCCAAGAGGAGCUCUCUGCAAAAACAGCCGUUGUAUUAACACAAGAGGGUCAUUCCGAUGUGAAUGUAAAGCAGGUUACACGCGCUAUCGUCAUCCUCACAUAUGUGUGCCACAACAGAGGAAAAGAUAGACUGAUCUCUCAGUCGCUAGAUCAUUACCGGUAUGCAACCAGUACGGAUGAGCCAUCACAAAAGCUCCAUGAUGGAAAACGAGAUGUGAUGUGAAUUAAAGUAUUGAGAAACAUGUUCUUUGUGGUAAAUCUUUGUCUAGCAAUUAAGUAGUUUAUUAAAUUCAUACUCAUAUUGUCUGGAUAUUUAUGAAAAGGGGACCUAUAAGCGCCCCUCUUGUACAGGCACCUGUGUAGGGACCAUUACAAGAGUGUCUAUAUAUAUAUAUAUAUGUAUAUAGCUGUAUACAGGGGCAGAAGAAAUGCUAUCUGGAUGCUUGGGGUGAUUUGGGAUUAGGGUUUUUCUGUCAUUUACAUCCUAAUGUAUAUAUACAUUUACAUUAUUUAAAGGCUUUUUCAGAUAAACCCAUUUCAAUGGCAAAUGCACUUUGAAGGUAUGUGUACCAAAUGUGGAUGUCCACUUACAAUAAAUAGCUGGGGGAGAAUGGAUAAAUACUAUGCAGCAAUGGCAUAUCUGUUUCCCCAAUUCAGCUUUUCAAGACUUGUCAAAUAACAAGGAACCCCUUGUCAAAUGAUAUGUUCAGUUAAAGGGGUUGUCUGCUUUUUUUUUUUAUAUGAUGACCUAUCCUCAGGAUAGGUCAUCAAUAUCAUAUUGGUGGAGGUCCGGCUGUUUGAAGAGAAAACAGUGCUGGUACAAGCAUUGCCUUCUCUUCACUCGCAACCGCAGCGGUGAGCAGGUGUAAUCACAACUGCUCCAUCCCCAUUCACUUCAAUGGGACGGCUCCUUCCUAUUUAAGUGAACAGGUAGGAACCAUCCCACUGAGGUGAAUGGGGUGGCUUUGUUGUAAUUACACCUGCUCACCGAUGCGGUUGUGACGACGAGCAGGUAAACAAUGAACAGAAGGCAGUGCUCCUAUGAGCGCUGCAUUCUCUUCAAACUGCUGACCAGCAGGAGUGUCUUGAAUUGCCCCCUUCCCCAAUGUGAUAUUGAUGAGGAUAGGUUAUCGAUAUAACAAAAGGACAACCCUUUUAUUUAAAAUAAAAAAAUGUUAACCUUUGCAUGGCACAAAAUACAAUGCCCCCAUUACUUGUUAUCAUUGCAGAAACACUUAUUAUCUGCAAGAUCUGGUUAUUGUGGCUGUCUGUACUUCGUAACACCUGAAAUCACAGCUCAGGAAAUCAUUUUUUGUAUCUGAUUAAAAUCUGUAUUUUUUCUUUUAGCAUUUUUUUUAUAUAUAUGUUGAUUAUAAUCUAUUCUGUACUCUAUCCGCACAAUAUUUCUAGUGCCCCUGGCUACAACAAAACCCCAAAGCAUAAUGUGUGUUUCAUUCUUUCAGUAAUGUUUUCUCUGUACAUAGUAACUCAAGACUUUUUCACGUGGUAUAUUUUGGUCAGUAUUUUGGAUCAGUAUUUGUAAGACAAAUCCAGGAGCAGAUUAAAAGCACAGAAAAGGUGCAAAUCUUACUAUUUUCGGGGGCCAUCUACUGUUCUAUUUACGCCACUUUUGUGACAUAAUAAUGUUGCAGAUUUUGUCACAAAAUCUGUGACUUUUCACGCUUCACACCAUUUUUUCAAAAUGGCGAGAAAAGGGGGCGUGGUGCUGGUCUCAAGUGUUCUGGUGUGAAUAAAGACAGAAACCUAUGGCAGCUAGGAGGCUGCUGGAGAUUUUAGACUGUCGCAUGGCCAGCAGAAGUAUAUGCCAAAUCUAUAAGAGAUGUGCGCCUCUACAUAGAUUUGGCACAUCCUCUGGUGGUGCAGGGUGAAUCAAGACCAGCGUGGAAAACGCCAAUCUUGAUAAAUGUCCCCCAUCCUGUUUAUGUUCCACUCCUGGUCAAACUUACAAAUACCAAUGCAAAACACACAAGUGUGAAAGUGGCCUAGGUAUUCACCCUUCUUUCAGCAGACCGCAGAUUAGGAUACUAAAGCCUCAUGCAGAUGUCCGUGGAACAUGGUCCGUGAGAUACCAGACUGGUAUCUCACGGACCAUGUUCCACGGGCGUCCGCAUGCGCCUUAAUACUGUAUGCCAAUCAAGUUUGC